GGAAUGACUUUUAGGAUGUUUUUAUAUGAAUAAGGUGGAUUGGACGUUGGCCUGGGAAGACAUUCCCCUGAAGGUCUUCUUCAUGUGUCAGCUGGAAGUACCCUGACUGCUGUGAGGGGAAACUGAUGAGAUUACAUCGAUGAAGAACAUCUUCCUGGUGAGCAGGAGGUGGAACCACAGUCCUCCAACAUACACGAGGAAGAAAAGGUACCACAUUCCCAACACAUCAAAGAGGGAGUAGAGGAGCCACAGACCCAUAGUGUUAAACUGACCCUUCACAUUAAAGGGCAAGCGGAGGACCCACUGAUCUUACACAUCAAAAAUGAAGAGGAGGACCCACUGAUCCCUCACUUUAAGGAGCAAGAGAACCUGCUGACCCCUCACAUUAAAUAGGAAGAGAUGGACCCACAGACCCCCUACUUUAAAGAGGAAGAGGAGGACCAAGAGCCGCCGCACAUUAAAGAGGAAGAGGAGGAAGAGGGCAUCAGUCAGCCUAAAUGGUUGGAGGAGUUCCCAGUGACUGUGAAGAGUGAAGAUGAUGGGGUCAAAGGUGAAAGUGAGGAGAGGGGAGGGGGGGAGCCUCCAAGCAGCAGCUCAACACAACACAUGACAACAGAAGCUGAUGGAGACCACUGUGGAGGAUCACAAGCAGACAAGCUCUUAGCUCCACUAUCAGAUAGUGAGGACACAACGUCACACUCUCCUGACACUGAUGAUGAAGACUCUAAAGAUGAUAAGACAUGUCACACUGACAACACUCACUUCACAUCUUCUCACUCUCACAAAACCUUUAAAUACCAUAGUCUUCUGAAAACACACAUGAGAAGACACACCGGAGAAAAACCUUUUAUCUGUUCAAUAUGUGGCAAAGGUUUUGUAGAAAGUCACAAUUUGAAAGUACACAUGAGAACACACACCGGUGAAAAACCUUAUGUCUGUUCAAUCUGUGGUACAUGUUUUGUACAAAGAAUCAAUUUGAAAGUACACAUGAGAAGACACACUGGUGAAAAACCUUUUAUCUGUUCAACCUGUGGUAAAGGUUUUACAGAAAGUCCGAGUUUGAAAGUACACAUGAGAACACACACUGGUGAAAAACCUUUUUCUUGCUCAGAAUGUGGUAAAGAUUUUGUUCAAAGUAAACAUUUGAAAGUACACAUGAGAACACACACUGGUGAAAAACCUUUUUCUUGCUCAGAAUGUGGUAAAGGUUUUGUACAAAGUCCCCUUUUAAAAGUACACAUGAGAACACACACUGGUGAAAAACCUUUUGUCUGUUCAAUCUGUGGUAAAGAUUUUACAGAAAGUCGAUGGUUGAAAGUACACAUGAGAACACACACUGGUGAAAAACCCUUUUCCUGUUCAAUCUGUGGUAAAGGUUUUACACAAAGUCAUCAUUUGAAAGUGCACGUGAGAAGACACACUGGUGAAAAACCUUUUUCCUGUUCAAUCUGUGGUAAAGGUUUUACAGAAAACUGGUGUUUGAAAGUACACAAGAGAACACACACUGGUGAAAAUUCACAUUCCUGUUCAAUCUGCAACAGAAGCUUUUGUCAACAAUCAAAGCUUGUAGCACACAUGAGAAGACACCCAGGAGAGAAAGUGUUGAGUUGUGGUGUGUGUGGUGAAAGAUUGUCUUCUAAGUACCAGUGUAAGAAACACAAGUGUGCUGGUGAGAACAGCAGCAGCAAAUGAAACUGCAGGAUUUGAAAUAAACUGUCCAGACUUUCAUUUUGACUUUCUAACAACAUCAGCACAUAUAACAUGUGUGACAUUGUUGUUUGUCUAACAAUCUGUUUAAUAUGCGCCUACAUUGAUAGAUUAGACAGUUUGAAAAAUAAAG